GGUAUAUACCUAGGUACAUAAGGUGCAACAAGGGCUAAAAUAAAGCUAAAAUAAAGUUCAAAAGAACGUGAGAACCUCGGAAGGAAUGAGGAGGGAUGUAUAAUAUACUUCCAGCAAGCUUUAGGACCUAGGUAGGUAUUGCCCCACUAACUUUUUUUCCUAGUAGUGGAAGCUUCAACAUUUGAACUUUGGAACCUCUCACUUUAAUACUACAUUUAAUACAUCUGAUAGCCUCAACUUCUUCACCCCUGGUUUUUCCGACUCGAUAAUAAAAGUUGGACAUCUAACCCAGCGAGGAAUCACCAAAAAUGUCUCUCAACAUUCCAAACGCGCCAAACGCUGGCCUAUUCAAGCAAGGUUAUAACAGCUACGACGCCGAAGAUGGAGCCGUAUUACGAAAUAUCGAUGCUUGCCGUGCUAUCGCCUCUACCGUCCAGACCUCCUUAGGACCCUUUGGUCGAAAUAAGAUCAUUAUAAAUCAUCUGCAAAAGAUGAUACUCACUUCUGAUGCUGCAACCAUCUUAAAGGAGCUCGAUGUCGUUCACCCCGCCGCCAAGCUUCUAGUUAUGGCUAGUCAACAGCAGGAGGCCGAGAUGGGCGAUGCUACAAACCUUGUUAUAGUACUUGCCGGCGAGCUCCUUAAGAAAGCCGAAGAUCUGCUACGGAUGGGCCUGAAGACUGCCGAUAUAGUCACAGGUUACGAGCGCGCUCAGGCAUUUGCUCUUGAGGCUUUAGAGGAACUCGUGGUGGAUAAGGUGGAAGAUAUCAGGAACCAGGAGCAGCUAAGCAAGGCAAUUCGAACGGUGGUGGCCAGCAAGCAGAACGGAAACGAGGAUACACUAUCUACUCUCGUCUCUGAGGCUGUUCUGGCCGUGCUGCCCAAGAACCCCGUUAACUUCAAUGUCGACAACAUUCGAGUAGUAAAGAUAUUGGGUGGAAGCUUGGAGCAGAGCAGAGUAGUGAAGGGCAUGGUCUUCCCCAAGGAACCGGAUGGAUCUGUCAAGAAGGCCACCAAGGCUAAGGUUGGAGUUUUCUCCUGUGCCAUCGACAUAAGUCAGACCGAGACCAAGGGCACCGUGCUAUUACACAAUGCUAAGGAAAUGAUGGACUUCACCAAGGGAGAGGAAGAACAGCUAGAAGCUGCUAUCAAGGAGUUACAUGACGCUGGAUUGAGAGUUGUCAUCGCCGGUUCUACCGUAGGAGAACUCGCUUUGCACUACCUCAACCGGUACGGCAUACUCGUCAUCAAGAUUCUCAGCAAGUUUGAACUACGACGAGUUUGCAGAGUUGUUGGCGCUACGCCCCUUGCAAGGUUAGGUGCACCCAUGCCUGAUGAGAUGGGAUCCGUAGACGUUGUCGAGACUCUCGAAAUCGGAGGAGACCGCGUGACGGUAUUCAGGCAAGAAGACGAAGUCACAAGGACGGCAACCAUCGUCCUUCGAGGUGCUACACAGAACCAUCUUGACGACGUGGAGCGAGCAGUGGAUGAUGGUGUCAACGUGGUGAAAGCUAUCACCCGUGACGCACAGCUAGUCCCCGGUGCAGGAGCCACAGAAAUACAACUCGUGGGAAGGAUACAAGCUUUCGCCGACAAGACAUCAGGCUUGCCGCAAUACUCUAUCCGGAAAUAUGGUGAGGCGUUUGAGGUUGUAGCACGAACUAUAGCAGAGAGCGCCGGUUUAGACGCUACCGAGGUCUUGAGCAGGCUAUACACGGCGCACAACAAGAAGGACGGCUUGACCAUAGGUGUUGAUAUAGAGAACAACGACGGCACCGGAGUACUAGAUGCUAAGGCGGAAGGCGUCCUCGACCUUAUGGUCACCAAGUCUUGGGCCAUCAAAUUGGCGACAGAGGCAGCACGGACGGUGCUUUCUGUAGACCAAAUCAUUGUGGCCAGGCAAGCUGGUGGACCGAAGCCUCCGGGACCCAACCCCAACUGGGAUGAAGACUAAAACAAAAGCUUGUUUAGGGUCUUUUGGGGACAUAUCGGGACUGGACGCGGAUAUAGACGGUCAACCUACAGAUACCAGGGAUAUCGAUAGCAUGAAUUGACUAGAUCUAAAAGCGAAGCUCGAUAGUCUACCCGUAACUUAUCAGUUUUAUUUGAAGUGACGACUCGGUCUUCCUAUCGCAAGUUGCUUGAAUAACCCUAGAAUAUCCGAUUCUAUAGUAACG